AUGACUUUUUAUGGGAUCUUUUUCUUUUAUAUUAUUUUUUGGACAGCAGUAGUCUCGCCCACUCCAAUUUUGAACCGGCGGGAUGGACCAAAAACAAAAUUUUUUGAUCUCACUAUAGAAAAAGCUACCUUAUCUCCAGAUGGAUUUACUCGUCAAUUAUCAACCAUUAAUGGGCAAUAUCCUGGACCAACCUUAGAAGUUAACAAAGGAGAUCGUAUUGUGAUGAAAAUUCGUAAUAAAUUGGGUGAACCAACAGCUAUUCAUGCGCAUGGGAUGCUUCAAAGAGAUACUCCCUGGUUCGAUGGAGUACCAUGGAUGGCUCAAUGCGUUAUACAAGACAAUUCCGAAUUCACCUACAAUUACACUGUUCCCGUCGAAGUCGGCACUCAUUGGUAUCAUGCGCAUGAAACGUUGCAAUAUGUUGAUGGAGCUUUUGGCCCGUUAAUUGUUCACGAUCCUGAUGAUCCGUAUAAAUCGGAAUAUGAUGAGGAAAUUGUUGUCAUGUUGAAUGAUUAUCAUCACACCGAUGCACAAACUUUAUUAAAACAAUUCUUAACUCCUGAAAGUCAAGGAGUAGAGGUAAGAAAGAUUGAUAUAAGUACAAAGGGUUCUAAAUGUGUGGACAAUGCCGGUCUUGCUAAAUUUAACUUUGUUCAAAAUAAAAAAUAUCGCCUUCGUAUCAUUAAUACUAGCGCAUUUUCGUCAUUCCUCUUUUCUAUUGAUAAACAUGAAAUGGAAGUUAUAGAAGCAGACGGUUCCUAUACUAAACGAAAUAAAAUCAAUCGUCUUCCCAUAAAUGUCGCUCAAAGAUAUUCUGUUAUUGUUACUGCAAACCAACCUGUCGAUAAUUAUAUAAUGCGUUCUGAAUUUCAAAAGAAAUGCAUGCCAAAAGCUGCAGCUAGUCUUCCUACUGUGAAAGCUAUAGUACACUAUGAAGGAGCCCCCGAAAAUUCUGAAGCAAAAGAUAAUCCAUGGUCAGAUUCCUUGGCAGAAUGCGUUGAUCUUGAUCACGAUACUUUACAACCAUUUAAAGAAGAAAAGGUUCCCGCAUCAACGAAAAAAAUGGAAUUCACAAUUGGUUUUCAUAAGAAUUCAACAGGAGUUGUUAGAGCUUUCCUUAAUGAAUCUACUUAUAUACCCGAUAUAAAUUUCCCGACUUUACAUAAAAUCUUUAAAAAGAUACCAUUGAAUGAUCCUAGAGCAAAUGCCUUUAUUUUUGAUAAAUCUGGAGAAGUAGUUGAUAUUUAUUUCAUCAAUACUGACGAUGGCGAACAUCCGUUUCACAUUCAUGGAUACAAAUUUUGGGUACUUGGAACCGGAAGUGGAAAUAAAGUUAAUGAAGAUGAAUUGAAUACACAAAAUCCAAUCGAGCGUGAUACUGCAACAAUACCUCCCACAGGGUGGAUUGCCUGGCAUUUGGAAUCUGGUCUUUUGAUGCAGUUGGUCACACUUCCAGAUGAAAUCUUAAAAAUGCAUCCUCCAGAUGAAUGGACCAAAUUAUGUGAAACAGGUGAACGCGAACGUUAG